AUGUGUUGUCUCGGUACACAAGCGAGUUGUGUCGAAAGUCGGAAAGGCACAAGGAGAGUGUUCGAGAAACGCGCCUUUGUUCUCGAUGUCGCCAGUCGGGUGCAGUCGUCGAGGGGAAGGCGUCUCAAACCAGCUGAGCUCGAAGAGAAAGAGUUCGGCGUCGAGGCGUUGGAUUUGAAUCAGAACGCCAUACACGAAGUCACAAGUGACUCUGAAAAAGGGGACGUAUGGGACAAUAGUUCAGGCCGGCAUGGAGAGAAGGUGACCAAGCAGAUGGCCAGGAAAAAAGAAGAUGAUUGUAAAGUAUGGGAAGAGCUCAAUGACAGGAGAGCAGGAGAGCGUCUAGACGGAACUACAGGCAUCGAGCCAAGGGUACCAGCCAAUCGUGAUAUACGGCGGAUACAGAACUGGGACGGUACGAUUUUCGUUUCCGAUCGAAGGGAUGCGGUCCAGUCAACGGAUGGUAGCCCCACCGACUCGAGAAAACACCACUGCUUUGACGACGAUCAGCUCCAGACGAGCGUACUGAAACCGAACAUCGCGCCUUCCUUCUCUUCGCCUGGCAUGGAGUUCCUCCGCGGCCAGCUUGGCUCCCGUCCAAUGGAUUGCCUCCAAGCAUUGGCUUGGAGCCGCCUAAGCCACAGAUGCUGCGAGGGCAGGAAUAACCACUGGCUCUCCUGCUAUUCCCCCAGUAUGAACGGGUCAUACGUCGCGUCACACGCGACGACCGACAACACAGACCAAGGCCCGCCCUCCUCGAGCAAGAACAACGCCAUAAAGGAAGCCGGUGUCUGGUGUCUCGACUGGCUGCCCGAGACUCAAGACUCAGACGGCGAUAAUAUUUCGUCUCAUCCAAAACAUGGUAUCAAGCAUCAACCACAGUCCAUUUCCUCUCCCGAUAUUCUUGUCAAUAUUGAACAGAACAACUGA